CAGGCAACGGAACGAGCGGAGCAGACCGACCACCUGCACCUGCGGUCAGUGGUCAAUGCUUUUGCUGUCUUCCCCAGCCCAAGCCCAAGAAGUGAACGAACGGUUUUGGAGAUUCCUUGGGGAACCCCACCCCCGCGUUUUUGAUUUGCGAUUCCUCCUCCUCCCUCCAAUGAUCCAUCUCGUUUUCCUUCUUUCCCCCUUCUCCGCAAAUGCUGUGUCCGGCCCCACCCCUUCAACACAGACGUCCCUCCUGCUUGUCCCUUGCUGAUGACUUCUCUCAGCUGGUGACACAGGUGACAGCCAGACCACCGGCUGCUCGCGGCUCGCUUCACGUCCCCAUGCUCCUGAUUCCCUCGAGGACCUCGGCCCUCGAUGCAUCCUCCAUGAUCCAGCACGCACCAGAUCCGGGGCACACCCACAGCACCAUCAGAGACCACUUUUCUGCCACUCCACAUGGCGCUUUCGCUCAGCGUCACUGCAACGCUGAGCAGGGGGUCGUAGUCCAUCGGUCGUUCGCGGUUCCCACUCUCGUCGAGCCUAGCGCAUGGGGCUCCCCUGUAGACCACCGUCCCGUCUCCGUUUUGGACGACGAAUUUUGGAGUCCAUCGCGUGAGUGAAAAGCGAUGGGGUUUGCCGCAAGCCAACCUGGAGCCGCUGCCAAUCCAACGGUACACUCAAGGGGGUAUCAGCAUCACAGUAGCUACACCGCGGAUCACUGUGACCCGGCCUUGGGAACUCAUCAACAGGACCAGGGCAAAUUUCCCCCACAAAGCAUCAAGCCACCGCGAGCUUACCCCCAUAUGAAUCCUUCACAUCCCACAGUUCCCGAAAAGACCUGCCCUCCCCCUUUACUUUUGCUAUCACCACCCAUCACCAACAUACGGCCCAGCGUACCUCCGUUCCUUUCCAUCUCCUCCACCUCACUCCCUCUGGUCGUCGCCGCUUGAUGAUGCGAGCCGGACAACAACAACCGAGUGCUUGUGUUUUUGGUGCUUGCGGUGUCUGAGUCGACAGAACCGUCGAAGUGGGAAGCGGUUGCUGUUAUCCGCCGGUUGAUUACCUCGAACGAAACACGGAAGCCCGGGAUUCUCUAACAACACCCAUAUCUAUCGGAACACAUCACGAGCAUCACCGGUCUGUCUCUUUGGACGCACUCAUCAACGUACCGAGUGCCAACAGCAUGUCACCAUCGUCCAACGGUGACUCUCCACAUUCUUCCACGGCCACUAUGACUGCGGCUGCCAGUGCUACUGUUGUAGGAAGGUUUCCAUUGCCGAACAGGGACUUCACCAUCGAGGUGCCCUCGCCCCAGCUUCUGGCCCAGGUCCAGGUUAACGGCGGUGGCGUAAACUCUCUCAAGUCACCAACAUCUCUCAAGUCGGCUCGGACUCCUAGCUUCAGCAGGGAAGGCAUACUCGGUUCGGCGCAGAAGGCGCGCAAUCUUUCACAGUCAUCAGACAACAGGCCAGAAUCGAAUGGGAUGCAGAAGGCACCGAGCGAUGAGGGUAUCAACCCUCUUAAAAGGCGGAAUACCGAUGCGGGCGUCGACUAUCCAAGGCGGAGGGCAACCAUCGCUUGCGAGGUUUGCCGUUCGAGGAAGUCACGAUGCGAUGGCACGAAGCCAAAGUGCAAGCUAUGUACCGAGUUGGGUGCCGAGUGCAUUUAUCGCGAGCCCGGCAUCAAGCUGGAUGCCGGCGACAAGCUUAUCCUGGAGCGCUUGAACCGCAUUGAGAACCUGCUCCAGAUGAACAUGGUGGGCCACCCCAAUGGCAUGGGCAUGUCUCAUGAUUCGCCAAAUAUGAGCAAUGGGACAGCUCUCAGCGGUGACAACUUGAUGGGAAUCGGGUCAAAUGCCGCCAACUUUGUGUCCGUCAUUCCCAGCGGUGGACUUGGGACAUGGUCCGCCACAGCCACUAACAAUAUCUCGACCAUGCCAAAGGUGCACACGAAUGCGGCUCUGCAUCUGCUGCAGUGGCCCAUGAUCCGCGAUUUGGUAUCACGACCGUACGACCCUCAAAUUCUCCUGCAGCUUGAGAUGGCCCGUGAGCCGCUGCACUCUCUCGCCAAGACUCCCUGCGUCGACCUCUCCAAUACGAAUGCCUACAUCGAAGCCUACUUUGACAGAGUCAACAUCUGGUACGCCUGCGUCAACCCAUACACGUGGAGGAGCCACUACAGGAUAGCGCUAUCAAACGGUUUCAGAGAAGGACCAGAGAGUUGCAUUGUGCUGUUGGUGCUGGCCCUGGGCCAGGCUAGCUCGAGAGGCAGCAUCUCGAGGAUUGUACCCCAUGAGGACCCUCCCGGACUUCAGUAUUUCACCGCAGCUUGGUCUCUGCUGCCAGGCAUGAUGACGUCCAACAGUGUGCUCGCAGCACAGUGUCACUUGCUGGCUGCUGCUUACCUGUUUUACCUUGUUCGACCGCUGGAGGCAUGGAACUUGCUUUGCACGACAAGUACGAAACUGCAGCUUUUGCUCAUGGCGCCGAGCAGAGUGCCCGCUGAUCAGAGGGAGCUGAUCGAAAGAAUUUACUGGAACUCACUUCUCUUCGAAAGCGAUUUAUUGGCCGAAUUGGACCUCCCCCAUUCUGGUGUGGUUGCAUUUGAGGAGAAUGUUGGUCUUCCCUGCGGGUUCGAGGGCGAUGAGCAGGAAGCAGUUGGACGCGACGAGUUGUGGUAUUUCCUGGCCGAGAUUGCACUGAGGAGGCUGCUCAACCGCGUCAGUCAGCUCAUCUACUCGAAGGAUUCCAUGGCAUCAACAACAAGCUUGGAGCCGGUCGUGGCAGAGCUUGACUUCCAGCUGACACAGUGGUAUGAGAGCUUGCCACUACCGCUGCAGUUUCCCUUCACACGGACGAUGCUUCCCGAUCCGGUGCAGACGGUGCUGAGAUUACGCUUCUUCGCCUGCCGAACCAUCAUCUAUCGACCUUAUAUUCUGGCGGUCCUUGACAACGAGCAAGCGGUGUUGGACCCCUCGGUGCGGGAGGCUUGCACAAAGUGCCUAGAAGCGUCAAUCCGGCAACUGGAGCACAUUACUGCGCAUCACGCCGGACAUAUGCCGUACCUUUGGCAGGGUGCUCUGUCCAUUGUAUCACAGACACUUUUGGUCAUGGGCGCCACCAUGUCGCCGUCACUGUCGAGCAUCCUCUGGAGCCUGGUUCCCCACCGCGAUACCAUUGAUCAAAUCAUCAACGACGUCGUCAUGGAGAUCGAACGCUACGCUGUCCUGUCGCCAAGUCUGAGCCUCUCGGCUGAAAUCAUCAAGGAAGCCGAAGUCAGACGUCGGACCUACCUCAGCGGGUGAGCCCUUGCGGCAAUCAAGGACAGCCCAGUCCGGACACCCGCACCCCGAACCCGCAUCACCAGCCCUGAUUACCAACACUGACAUAUAUGUCUCGCCUAACGCUCCCAUGAACCACGUUUCCGGUCUUGUGGGAAAGACAGCCGCUUGCCGGGUUGCAAAAGACCCCACGCCGCCAUUCGCUUAUUACUGAAGGUGCGCAUGUAGCCGCUGCACAUUUGGUACGAACACCUAGCAUCCCGCCGGAGCAUGCAUUGUCUGAAGGCGAUAUCAGCAAGGACCUUCAUCUACGAAAAUCGAAAAACCGUCACAUAACUUGCGCAAUUCUUCGGUACCCCAGUUGCUGUCAGGUUCCUACGUUGUCCGAUAUCACAAACCCGACAUCGGGUCCGAUAAAGACGGGGGGAGGAAAUGGACGACAAUGACACAUGCAAAACCGAGGGGUAAAGACCCGGGGCGUGGUGGACGUCCAAGGCGAAAACAAGCCGGUUCAUCCAUCGGACGACUCGAGCGGGCCUGGGUUACCACGCGCCGGGGCGGGUGCCCCGAUAGGUGCGCAUCUCGUGGACGAAACAACACCGACAUUUUCCGCAUAACAAACGAUACAACUUUUCGGUGCAAUUUCUCAGCAAACACAUGUUCCCCGUCUUCGCAGAAAACAAGGCCCGGACGAUGAUGAUGGUGUGUGUGAGAGUGUGGGAGUGAGUGCGAAUCCUUUUCCGGGCUAAUCACACACACCUCCGUUUUCUUUGGAGUUGGCGGUCGCAAAUUGAACGGAUUGUCCUUGGGACCGGGGUUUUCGGGCCGGUCCCCCGUUACCCCAUGUUUUCACCCCGCCUUCUCCCCGCAUUUUAGGACGUUGUCUAAUCAUCAAUUCAACUCAUCCUUUCCAUUCUGGGGGUUGUUCAUCCGACCCGUUUUAUUCGAUUAUGGGUUUCAUCAUACUUUUAUCUUCAACUUGAAACGACAACAGCACAACGGUGACGGAGGGGUGGCCAUAUGUUGCUGGCUGGGUCAGGGGGUUUAUAUCAAUUCUUUUCUCUUGUUUUCUCAAUCUUUCAUCCCGGGGCAGGUGGUCAAGAAAAAUCAGGUAACAUAUCAUCAUCAUCAUCAUCAUUGACAUUUUUUUCAUCAUCAUCAUCAUCAUCUCUUGGAGUUGGCAAUAAGUGGCGGCUGGCUGGUGGCGGAUGGGUUUCUCUUCUGCAACGAUACGAGAGGAUGGGAGGGGGGGGCGUGGUUUACGAGACGGGGGCUUCUAAGAAUAUCCAUGGGUGAAUUGUGAAAAUGUAACGGAGGACGUACACACACACACACACACACACACAUACGACAACACAACAACAUCAACGCAACGCCAAAGUCUUUUAUAUGUCAUAUAUAUAUGGGGAUUGGAAACCACUCUACGAUGACACACACGCACACCAGGGGUUGGGGACAGUCGGAAGGAACUCUGGGGUUGGGAGGCGGGGGAAACGGGUUUGGAAAUUGGAUUUGCCUACAGAGAUGUUGCAUGAAUACCUUUUUUUGUUGUUCUUCAGUUGGGAUACCACUUCUUUUUUUUUUGUUUCACUUCUUUUUGGGCAACAUUGCCAUUUUUUUUUUGACUAGGGGGAAAGGGGGUUUUAUUCUUGAUGUUGUAACUUUUUUUCUGUUUAGUUUACAUACCCCAUUCUUAUUCAUAUAUAUAUAUACAUAUCAAAAUGGCUGUCAGAAACACUACGAUUGAUGUGUUGGACUUGUCGAUGUGAAUGUGACGAUGUUGGCAGUCUUGCGGAUCAGCAGCCAGAC